UAUUUUCGUGGAUUAAUGUUCGUGACCGUACAUGGGCAGCACGGUGGUACAGGGGUUACUGCAUGUGCCUCACAAUACGAAAGUCCUGAGUGGUCCUGGGUUCAAUCCCGGGCUCGGGAUCUUUCUGUGUGGAGUUUGCAUGUUUUCCCUGUGACUGCGUGGAUUCCCUCCGAGUACUCCGGCUUCCUCCCACUUCCAAAGACAUGCACCUGGGGAUAGGUUGAUUGGCAACACUAAAAUUGGCCCUGGUGUGUGAAUGGGAGUAUGAAUGUUGUCUGUCUAUCUGUGUUAGCCCUGUGAUGAGGUGGCGACUUGUCCAGUGUGUACGCCGCCUUCCGCCCAAAUGCAGCUGAGAUAGACUCCAGCGACCCCCCGCAACCCCGAACGGGACAUGUGGUAGAAAAUGGAUGGAUGGAUGUUCGCCGUAGAUAUUGUUCUUGCAUUAUUGGUUGUUGUUUUUUUGACGACAUUGUCCUUUACACUCUCUAUUUUUCCAUGGUUGGAAGAACAAAGUUUUGUCAAUCUCUAGCUAUACAAGCUACUGCUGCAGCGGGUAACACCAGAUGUUUUGGGUGGAGCUUACGGGGUUUACAGUGACCUGUUACACUAACUAAUGGCGGGUAUGCCUGUAACUCCAAUGUUUGCUUGCAACUUAAAGUAUAACAAUUAGCUAAGAGACAGCUCUUAUUUCCAAACACUUUUUUCUUUUUUUUUGCUUAAUCACAGUCUUGCAUUCUUUCAUACUUCCUCCAAAUCAGCAUUUUUCAACCUUUUCUGAGCCAAGGCACUUUUUUUUCAUUGAAAAAAUGCAGACGCACACCACUAGCAGAAAACAUUAAAAAAAAUUAACUCAGCAGUCGAUAGUGACAGUAAAACGUUAUUCUCGCAAUUGUUAGAUAGGAAUUCAAACCAUAACCAAGCAUGCAUCACUAUAGCUCUUGUCUCAAAGUAGGUGCACUGUCACAACCUGUCACAUCACACCGUGACUCAUUUGGAGUUUUUUGGUGUUUUCCCGUGUGUCGUGUUUUAGUUCUGGUCUUGCGCUCCUACUUUGUUGUUGAUUGUCAUGUACGGAUGUGCUUUGUGGAUGCCAUCUGCUGCUCCACCCGCUGUAAGUGUUUGCUGUCGUCCAGCAUUAUGAUUUUGUUUACUUUGCAGCCGGUUCAGUUUUAGCUUUGUUUAGCAUAGCCAUCCUUAAGCUUCAAUGUCUUUUCUUAGCGGUACUUGCCUUUUGUUUAUUGUUGGUAUAAGCUUUAGAUACCUUUUUACUGUCACGCUGCCAUAUUGUGAUUACGACAAACCAGGUUCCCUACAUCUACAACGGCACAUUUGCGGAUUAUAAUUAUUGUUUUGCAAAAAAAUAUUUUUGACCCAAUUAAGUGAAUAAACAUAAUCUCCCACGGCACACCAGACAAAAUCUCACACUACACUGGUGUGGUCGAAAAACACUGCUCCAAAUGGUCCGUUUGGAAUUUUCCCAAUUUGUGAUGUUUUUCCUAAGUGUGACGACAGGGGAUAUUUCCAUAUGUAGUAGAAAUGUACCCAAAUUGCUGUGCGCGAGUUCGCCAUUGUUGUCCAGCGCUGUAUUAAGAUCCUUCUAUUUCUCUAUUCUCUUGUUCUGGAGCAGACUGGCUGAUACAUGAACAUGUAUCGUGCACUGUUGCCAUUUCUAAGACAAAUUAGUGUAUAGUUCAAAACUUACAUCUGUCAGUAGACUUGCUAUGGAAGCGCAAAAAAAAACCUACAAAAAGGAUGACGGGGAGAAGGCACAGUCAAAGUGGAUUAAUGUAAAUAAGAAACCCCACAGGAUCCUGAAGAGACAGUUAGAAAGAGGCUUGAAGACAAUGUGUCGAUCAUUACUAAAAUAUUUACACGGCCAAUACCAAAUAUUGAUGCUCUAAAAAGGAUUUUCAAAUAAAAAUAUCGAUACUUUAGACACUUAAGUUAUGUGAGAUAAUGUGUACCAUUAAAAAACAACAAAGUGUAAAGUAAAUGAAACAUGAUUGAUGGGAACUUCAACCUUUUCUUUCACCAAGGUAAGUACGUAAUGUGCAAGUGCAGCGGCACACUGUGCUGUGAUUAGUCAUUCAGUCUUUCAAUUGUUAAUUUAGAAAAUUACUUGCAAUUCAAAUGAGUCACUUAAUGUUAUAAAACAGCAGGUGCAUGCCUCCUUGUAUCGUAGGCUAUUUGAAGACGCUACAUACAGCUUCAGUGCAGAAUAAUACCACCAUUUGUUUCGCCAUGUGAUUUAACAUUGACGAUGAAUCCCCGACAGCAGCAACACUUGAAAUACAAUACUUUUUAUACAAUACACAAAACCAGUGAAGUUGGCACAUUGUCCAUCCAUUCAUCAAUUUCCUUUUCAACUUAUAUUCACUUGAAUUGACUGCAAAGAUAAAGAUAUUUAACAAUAGAACUGAGAAAUUACACUUUUUGGCAAAUAACCAUGAACUUAGAAUUUAAUGGCAGCCACACAUUGCAAAAAAGUUGGCACAGGGGCAUUUUUACCACUUAUAUGGCCUUUCCUUUUAACAACACUCAGUAAACGUUUGGGAACCUAGGAGACCAAGUUUUGAAGCUUUUCAGGUGGAAUUCUUUCCCAUUCUUGCUUGAUGUACAGCUUAAGUUCUUCAACAGUCUACGUUGUCGUAUUUGACGCUUCAUAAUGCGCCACACAUUUUCAAUGGGAGACAGGUCUGGACUACAGGCAGGCCAGUAUAGUACUACAAAGCCACGCUGUUGUAACACGUACAGAAUGUGGCUUGGCAUUGUCUUGCUGAAAUAAGCAGGGGCGUCCAUGAAAAAGACUUUGCUUGGAUGGCAACAUAUACUGUAUGCUGCUCCAAAACCUGUAUGUACCUUUCAGCAUUAAUGGUGCCUUCACAAAGGUGUAAGUUACCAAUGCCUUGGGCACCCCAUAUAAUCACAAAUGCUGACUUUUGAACAUUGCGACUACACCAGUCCGGAUGGUUCUUUUCCUCUUUGGACUACAACAAUUUGAAAUGUGGACUCGUCAGACCACAGAACACUUUUCCACUUUUUAUCAGUCCAUCUUAGAUGAGCUUGGGCCCAGCGAAGAUUUUCUGGGUGUCGUUGAUGAAUGGCAAGAGUUUUAACUUUCAUUUACAGAUGUAGCGACCAACUGCAGACACUGACAGUGGUUUUCUGAAGUGUUCCUUAGCCCAUGUGGUGAUAUACUUUACACACUGAUGUCGCUUUUUGAUGCAGUACUGCCUGAGGGAUCAAAAGGCCACCGGCAUUCAAUGUUGGUUUUACGCCUUGCAGUGAUUUCUCCAGAUACUUUAAACUUGUUGAUGAUAUUACAGACCGUAGAUGGUGAAAUCCCUAAAUUCCUUGCAAUAGCUGUUUGAGAAAUGUUGUUUUUAAACUGUUGGACAAUUUUCUCACCCAUUUGUUCACAGAGUGGUGACCCUCGCCCCAUUCUUGGUUGUGAAUGAGUGAGCACUUCAUGGAAGCUGCUUUAUACCCAAUCAUGGCACCCACCUGUUCCCAAUUAGCCUGCUCACCGAUGGGUUGUUCCAAACAAGUAUUUGAUGAGUAUUCCUCAACUUUGUCAGUCUUUAUUGCCAUUUGUGCCAGCUUUUUUGAAACAUGUUGCUGGCAUCAAAUAUCUAAACGAGCUAAUAUUUGCAAAAAAUAACAAAGUUUACCAGUUCAAACCUUAAGUAUCAUGUCUUUGCAUCUAUUCAAUUGAAUAUAAGUUGAAAAGGAUUUGUAAAUUAUUGUAUUCUGUUUUUAUUUACGAUUUACACAAAGUGCCAACUUCCCUUUUGGGUUUUGUAUUUUACCAAACACUUACGAUAUAUUUUCACAAAGUAACGCCGAUACCAGCCGGAAUUUUACUCUGUAUCAGAUCAGAAAAAAAAAUCAAUGGUAUUGCACAUCACUAAUUUUGAACAAAGAAAAGUGUUUGAAUUGUAGAAAUUAUCAUAAUUUAACCCCUUUAAGUUCAAGUAUGACUGUAGAAGGGAAUUCCUCUGUUCAUAAUAGUUUUUAAAGAUAUUCUAAAUCAUUGUGCCAUUCCAUACUGAGGUUUCCUGCAUAGACACGCACUCAUAACCUUUUUUACAGCAUCACACUGUUAUCUUGUUGGAGAUGACAUAUUACAAACUCUCGAAUGUUGACCAGAUCAUAGGCUUGAGUUAAUGUUUGUUUAAAUAUUGUAUUGGGCGGUGUUCAAGACCAAGAAAAAUUCCUGGCAGUUGUGUCAACUGUUCCUGAAGAACCUGAAAGUGGAUGUGGCAGUUGGACCUGUUGUGACGGAAUGAUUACGUGGGGCUUUACAAGCAAAAUCCUAAAGGCCUACUGAAAUUAGAUUUUCUUAUUUAAACGAGGAUAGCUGGUCCAUUCUAUGUGUCAUACUUGAUUAUUUCGCGAUAUUGCCAUAUUUUUGCUGAAAGGAUUUAGCAGAGAACAUCCAUGAUAAAGUUUGCAACUUUCGGUGUUAAGAGAAAUGCCCUGCCUCUACUGGAAGUCGCAGACGAUGACGUCACAUGUUUGAUAGCUCCUCACAUAUUCACAUUGUUUUUAAUGGGAGCCUCCAACAAAAAGUGCUAUUCGGACCGAGAAAACGACAAUUUCCCCAUUGAUUUGAGAGAGGAUGAAAGAUUCGUGUUUGAGGAUAUUGAUAGCGACGGACUAGAAAAAAAAACGCGAUUGCAUUGGGACGGAUUCCGAUGUUAUUAGACACAUUUACUAGGUUAAUUCUGGGAAAUCCCUUAUCUUUCUAUUGUGAUGCUAGUGUUUUAGUGAGUUUAAUAUUACCUGAUAGUCGGAUGGGUGUUUCCACGGUUGUCUUGACGCGCAGUGUCUCAGGGGAGUCGACGGCAGCUAUGGACGACACAAGCUCAGCUUUUCUCCAGUAAGAACUACAUUUUUAACCACAAUUUUCUCACAGAAACCAGCUGGUUGACAUGUGGUCAGGAUCCAUGUUCUCUUGACCGCGCUCUGAUCCAUAGGAAAGUUUCACCUCCAGAAAUUUUAAACAAGGAAUCACCGUGUGUUUGUGUGGCUAAAGGCUAAAGCUUCCCAACUCCAUCUUUCUACUGUGACUUCUCCAAUAUUAAUUGAACAAAUUGCAAAAGAUUCAGCAACACAGAGCUCCAAAAAACUGUAUAAUUAUGCCGUUAAAGCAGACGACGUUUAGUUGUGUGUGUGCGCAGCGCUCAUACUUCCUAAAAACCCGCGACGUCUUGCGUACACGUCGUCAUUACACGACGUUUCGAAGACGAAACUUCCCGGGAAAUUAAAAAUUGUAAUUUAGUAAACUAAAAAGGCCGUAUUGGCAUGUGUUACAAUGUAAUUUUUCAUCAUUGAUAUAUAAACUAUCAGACUGCGUGGUGGGUAGUAGUGGGUUUCAGUAGGCCUCUAAAGACAGCACAUUGGGACCAAGGCUUACUUUGUAACACUAGGUGGCAGCAUUAACAAAAUCAAGUGUUAGUGUGUCUGCUGCAAGGUCAGCAUUCCAGUUGAGUUUUCAUCCCACCAUGUAGUCAGACAGGCUGAGAGCAGAUGGAUAUAAUGAGGACCGCGGACCCCCUGACUCACUCUGAGGUGUUCAGCCAGCUCAGGACUGAGCUCUACGGAGAGCUUAAUUCUGGCCAUUCCAAGAGCAACAUAUUCAUCAUCUUGGGAGCCUCUUCAGAAAGGCUGAGAGCAGAUGGAUAUAAUGAGGACUGCGGACCCCCUGACUCGCUCCGAGGUGUUCAGCCAGCUCAGGACUGAGCUCUACGGAGAGCUUAAUUCUGGCCAUUCCAAGAGCAACAUAUUCAUCAUCCUGGGAGCCUCUGGGGAUCUUGCAAAGAAGAAAAUAUACUCCACUUUAUGGUGGUUGUUCAGAGAUGGCCUGCUUCCACACAACACAUACUUUGUGGGAUAUGCUCGUUCCAACUUGACAGUGGAGGACAUCAGGAAAGCGUGCCUGCCUUACAUGAAGGUUGCCGAUGAAGAGGCCGAUCGCCUCUCGGCUUUCUUCAGCAAGAACUCCUAUUUGAGAGGCAGCUACGAAGACGGAAGCUCGUAUGACAAACUUAACGCACAUUUGUCGUCGCUAGUUGGGGGAGCCGACGCCAACCGGCUCUUCUACCUGGCUCUGCCCCCCACCGUCUACCACCACGUCUGUGCAAACAUCAGCCAGCACUGCAUGAGCUCCACAGGGUGGAACAGGCUCAUCGUGGAGAAACCUUUUGGGCGGGAUCUCCACAGCUCACAGGAGUUGUCGACCCACCUUGCCUCCCUCUUCAAAGAGGACCAGAUCUACCGCAUAGACCACUACCUGGGAAAGGAAAUGAUCCAGAACCUCAUGGUGCUCAGAUUUGGAAACCGCCUCUUUGGACCCAUAUGGAACAGGAACAACGUGUCAUGUGUGGUGCUUACCUUCAAGGAGCCCUUUGGGACCGAUGGGCGUGGAGGAUACUUUGAUGACUUUGGGAUCAUUCGGGAUGUUAUGCAAAACCACCUCCUCCAAAUGCUGUGCUUGGCUGCCAUGGAAAAGCCUGCCUCCACCAAGCCAGACGAUGUGAGGAAUGAGAAGGUGAAGGUAUUGAAGUGUAUCGCUUCGGUGGAUGCGUCACAUGUUGUUCUUGGACAAUAUGUGGGGGACCCUGAUGGGGAGGGCCAAUCCAAGUUGGGUUACCUAGACGACCCUACUGUACCUGAAGGCUCCUGCACACCUACGUUUGCCACCGCCGUGCUUUAUGUCCGCAAUGAAAGAUGGGAUGGUGUCCCGUUUAUCCUGCGCUGUGGUAAGGCCCUGAACGAGCGCAAGGCGGAGCUGCGGCUGCAGUUCACUGACGUGCCAGGCGACAUCUUUGCCACAAGCUGCCAGAGGAACGAACUGGUGGUGCGAGUGCAGCCGAACGAGGCCAUCUACCUGAAGAUGAUGACCAAGAGGCCUGGGGUUUCCUUCAGCCCAGAGGAGACUGAGCUGGACCUCACUUACAGAAGCCGUUAUAAGAAUGUGAAGCUACCAGACGCGUACGAGAGGCUCAUCCUGGACGUCUUCUGUGGCAAUCAAAUGCACUUUGUCCGAAGUGAUGAGUUACGGGAAGCCUGGAGGAUUUUUACACCGCUCCUCCAUAAAAUGGAAGAACAGAGGACGCGGCCCAUACCCUACAAAUAUGGGAGCCGCGGCCCAAGUGAAGCAGAUGAUCUGGUGAGGAAGGUGGGAUUCCGCUAUGAGGGAAAAUACAAGAGGGGCUGGAGCCUAUCUCAGCUGCAUUCGGGCGGAAGGCGGCGUACACCGUGGACAAGUCGCCACCUCAUCGCAGGGCCAACACAGACAACAUUCACACUCACAUUCACACACUAGGGCCAAUUUAGUGUUGCCAAUCAACCUAUCCCCAGGUGCAUGUCUUUGGAGGUGGGAGGAAGCUGGAGUACCCGGAGGGAACCCACGCAGUCACGGGGAGAACAUGCAAACUCCACACAGAAAGAUCCCGAGCCCGGGAUUGAACUCAGGACUACUCAGAAUCUUCGUAUUGUGAGGCACAUGCAGUAACCCCAGGGCGAC